AUGCCAGCGGAAUCUUCCAUUCAAAAAUACUGGAACAAUCGAAAACGCGGAAAUGAUGAUGGUCGGUGGGGUACCGCUGGUCGAAAAUAUACGACUUCAUCAACUGCUGGUGAAGGGUCAUCGUCCAAAAGGCUUUCCGUAAAGGUGAAUCGUCAGUCACUCAAUUAUACGGAUUUACUGAUUUGUGGAUAUAUGGUUAAGUUACCACCAAAUAUACAACCAUAUGCUACGCAGCGAACGAUGAUUGCGAAAAUCCUUACUGCUUUAAAGAAUAAACUUAAUGCGCUAAUUGAAAGUCCAACAGGAAGUGGUAAAACACUUGGGCUUCUAUCAGCAAGUUGUGCUUGGCUUGAAAGAUACAAAAAGGAACGUACGCAAUCGCGAAAUGAAUGCAAAGCAUGUCGUAGUGGUGGUAGUGGUGGUGGCGGUGGACAUACCGAUAAUCAAACUUUAGAUCAAAGUACAUUUUUUGAUGAAUUAAAUGGUGCUGAUUUGAGCGAUAAAAGUGGUAUGAAUAAUAUAUCAGCUGAAUGUACAUAUGAAGCUCAAUCAUUUUCUACAUUAGAAGAUGAAUUUGAGAAUGAUUUUUGCGUUGUUACAAGCUUCUCAUCCACAACAAAUAAGUUGGAAGGUGUUGCUUCAUUGGAUGAUAGCAAGAUUUCGAAGAAAGAUGCGGAGGAAGGCCAUACAUGUUUACCACGUGUGACAAUAUAUUAUGGAACGCGAACACAUAAACAAAUUAGCCAGGUGGUAAAGGAAUUCUCACGUUUAUCAUAUGGGCAAGAAGGAGUCAUUAAACAUACAAUAUUGGCAAGUCGAGAACAUAUGUGUAUCAAUCCAGCAAUACGUGUUAGUGAUGAUAUCAAUGGUAAAUGUAAAGAAUUCAUAUCUUCGGAUGGGAUUGGUUGUUCAUACAAAAAUUCAAUGCGUGGUAAAUAUGAAAGACCGAGCGCAGUAAGACGUUUGGUUGCACAAACUACUGGGCAAAUGAAUUAUAUCUGGGAUGUAGAGGAUCUUGUUAAAGCGCUAAAAUGUUCUACGCCUUCACUUUGUCCCUAUUUCUCAACUGCUCGAGUACUUAUCGACGAUGCUGAUAUUAUUUUUUGUCCGUUCUCUUAUCUUAUUGACCCCAUUAUCCGCGCGAAUUCUGGUUUAAGCCUGAAAAAUACGGUAGUUAUUCUCGAUGAAGCGCAUAACGUGGAAGAUGUUUGCCGUGAAGCUGUUAGUUUUACAUUCAUGGAACGUGAACUGGUUGGCGCAACUGCAGAUUUAUAUCAGAAAGCAGCAGAACUUGAGAAAGAACUUACAAAAGUGGAUGCUAAAGUUGUUGCAGAAGAAGGAUUGAUUGAAACAGAAGACAGCAGGGCGGGAAGAUAUAAGGAGUGUUUGGAAGUGAUGAAGGGCCAUUUUAAAACAGUAAUUAAUUUUUUAAACAAAAUAUUGGAUUGGUUUGUGGAUGUAUCAUCAAAUGCGCUACAGUCGGCAUCAAUGAAAAAUGAUCGGCUUACCUAUACUUACAAAUGGGAAAAGCUUUUCACAACAUUAACGAGUAAUGAUUUGGAUAUAUUUAGCAAGACUGGCAAAGGAACCGCUUAUUCAGGUCUACUGGAAGCAUUCAUAUCUAUUACCGGUGCUUGUAAUGAAAAUGAUGAGUUUCAAUCUUAUUUGAAGCAUUACAAGUUAUGUGCUACAACAGCUAUUUGUGUGGAAAAAUUUCUGUAUUUUUUCAAAUCGUAUUUUCGGGAUGAUAAUCGUACAGCUUAUAAGUUAUUUGUGUGUAUCGACAAGCCAUUUGUACCAUAUUCACAGUCAAAUAUUUUCGACGUAGCAAAGAACUCGUCAAAUAGCAUUGAUAUAUUGGAUAUGAGUUCAUACGAUAAAGAAAAAGAAGAAUGGUUAGAUUCAACAAUACGUCUGAAAGGCUAUCGCGAAGUGAAAUAUGGCUAUCGUGUUGCUAUUAGUUUUUGGUGUAUGCGCCCAUCAUUGGCUUACACCGAUGCAUUCAAAGGAUGUCGUAGCGUUAUUUUAGCUUCCGGCACACUUUCUCCGACGGAUACUUUUCGUACCGAACUUGGUACUACUUUUCACCAAGAAAUGGAGGGAAAUCAAAUUAUACCGGAUGAGCAAAUUUUUGCUGCAGUCAUUCCAUCUGGACCAAAUGGUGAAAAAUUAUGUGGAACUUAUAGAAUUAUUAACCGAGAUGACCGAUUUAUACGGGAAAUUUCACUGAUUUUGAGUCAUGUUUGUAAAAUAAUACCGAAAGGUGUGUUAUGUUUUUUCUCAAGUUAUCGUGUCUUGGAUCAAAUUUAUGAAUAUAUGGAAACGACGGGUAUUUUAAGGCAAAUACAAAAUAUCAAGCUUGUUUUGAAAGAACCGCGGCGUUCAUCACUAAUGAAUACUGUCAUGAUGCAGUAUGAAAAUGCGAUUGUUAAUUCCUUCGACUUCGGACCACAGUGUACUGGCGCAUUGCUGAUGGCAGUUUUUAGAGGCAAAGUCUCGGAAGGUAUCGAUUUCACUGAUGACAGAGCUCGUUGCGUGGUGACCGUUGGUAUACCAUUUCCCAGUGCUAUGGACGAACAAGUUGUUGAAAAGAAAAAAUAUAAUGAUGAUUACUGUACGAAAUUACGGAUCUUAUCGGGUGAUGAAUGGUAUACAAUGCAAGCAUAUAGAGCUCUCAAUCAAGCUUUAGGAAGAUGUUUACGACAUCGUUCCGAUUGGGGGUCGAUUUUGAUGCUCGACGAACGAUUAUUGCAAAUACGGGCAAAUCCAAAUGCUAAAAAGGUUUCACGAUGGAUACGUGAACAGUUGCGGCCAUUGACAAACUAUGAGCAUUUCCUUAGCGAAUUAACCAGUUUCGUGAACAAAAUGGAAAUCAGAAAUUCGCAGCUACCUAAUAAUAGCGACUGUAAUACUGUGAAUGUUGUUGAUGUUGAGGAGUAAUAUAUGCUACUGCCAUAACGUUUGUUUUUAAAUGUUCCUCAGAAGAUCGUAGUUCACAUAGAUUUUGAAUCCAAACUUUCAUUUUUAUGGCACAUUCUUUCUAUGAAAUCUGAUUUUUGAUGACUGC